GGAAGAGGCUAGAGAAGUAGGCGACACGGAAUGAGCACUGUUUGGGUCGGUGGCGGGUAAUCAAAAUUACUUUAUCUCAACCAAAAGAAAAAAGAAAAAAGAAAGAAGAAAAAACAAAUUGCAAGAAGAAGAAGAAAUAAUGGAGGAUCUGUAUGCCUUAGACUUCGAUGGAGUUCUCUGCGAUAGCUGCGGAGAGAGCUCUCUCUCUGCUGUCAAGGCUGCUAGAGUUAGAUGGCCUGCUUUAUUUGACGGCGUGGAUUCAACCACGGAGGAUUGGAUUGUUGAUCAAAUGUAUAAAGUGCGACCUGUAGUGGAAACUGGAUAUGAAAACCUCUUACUUGUGAGGUUAUUAUUGGAGAUGAGAAUACCUUCCAUCCAGAAGUCCACGGUUGCAGAGGGACUCACAGUUGAGGGUAUAUUGGAGAACUGGUCAAAGUUAAAACCUGUUAUUAUGGAAGAAUGGGCUGAGAAUAGAGAUGAUCUAGUAGAUCUUUUCGGAAAGGUCAGGGAUGAAUGGAUGGAGAAGGACUUGGCAACUUGGGUUAGUGCAAAUAGAUUAUAUCCAGGUGUUCCUGAUGCAUUGAAAUUUGCAAGCUCAAGGUUGUAUAUAGUGACCACAAAACAGAGCCGAUUUGCAGAUGCUUUACUGCAAGAGCUUGCAGGAGUGACAAUACCGCCUGAAAGAAUAUAUGGCCUUGGAACUGGUCCCAAGGUAGAAGUGCUGAAGCAGCUUCAAAAGAAACCAGAGCACCAAGGACUGAGACUGCACUUUGUGGAAGAUCGACUUGCAACCUUAAAGAAUGUCAUUAAGGAGCCUGAACUAGAUGGGUGGAAUUUAUAUCUAGGGGAUUGGGGGUACAACACUCAGAAAGAGAGAGAGGAAGCGGCUACCAUUCCAAGGAUUCAUCUUCUUGAGCUCUCUGACUUCAGCAAGAAGCUGAAAUAGCUGUCUCUCACUAUAUUGUGUCCUAUUGAAUUAUUGAUUAUCAAUUUCACAUAGAUGAAUGAAAAUCUUACUGUAUCACUCAAGGUAUGCAACAAAUAAAUUCAGAAAUUCUCUCCUUUCUAUCUUGAGGAACUGUUGGUUAGAGCUAUUUGAAUCCACAAUAAAGGAACUUUGAUUAGAGAGGUUA